AACCCACAAGAAUGGAGAAAAUGGUUUCGAAAUUGGUGGUUAAAAUGACUUUGCUGAUGUUAAUGUUUCAGUUAGCAAAAGCAGCAACACCCGUAGCAAAGUUUGGUUGUCCAGAUCGAUGCGGAGCCAUUAGCAUUCCUUACCCCUUUGGAACUAGAAAAGAAUGCUACAUGGAUGAACGGUUCGCGAUUGAGUGCAAUGAUACUGCCAACCCUCCUAGAGCUUUUAUAAGUCGAAUUAAAAUGGAGGUGCUGAAUAUUUCAGUUGAGACAGCCACCGCUACUGUCAAAAGUCCAGUAAUAUCCUUCAAUUGUAUUGGCCGGGUAGAUGGUGUGCCUCUGAAUCUCACUGGAACUCCCUUUGUUUUCUCCUCUAAAAGGAACUGGUUCGUUGCAGUGGGUUGUGAUACUCAAGCUUUUAUGACCGGAACUGAGCCAGAUCUCGUCAUUGGCGAGUCUACAUGGGGUAACCUGCAAAGUAACGUUAGAUUGCAAGAAAAUAAAAUGUGUUCAGUUCAAAAUUGUAGUCAGGCUAGAAUCCCUUCACUCCUUCAGGUUUUUAAUCCGCGCUUGGUUUCUACUAACGCUAAUCAAGUUGGAGAAGGAUGCAAGCUAGCCUUCCUGGUGAAUCCGACAUGGUUUGAAUCGAAUAUAAGCGAUCCCUUCGCAAUGCAGUAUAGAGAUUAUGUUCCAAUGGACUUGGGUUGGAUGAUGAACUUGAAUGAUAAUGGAAUUUCCACGCAUUGCGAAGAAAGUUACAAUCAAUCCUCAAAAUCCGAAUGCGUGUGCGAGGAUGGAUUGGAGGGCAACCCUUACCUUGAACGUGGUUGUACGGAUGUUGAUGAAUGCAAGACCCCGGAGAAAAAUACGUGUCAAGGGAUGCUUAAAUGCUUGAAUACACGUGGAGGGUAUAGAUGCGUUAUAAAUAAAAUUUAUAUAAUUAUCAUAGUUAUAGGUCUGGUUGGAGUACUCUUCCUGCUCACUGGUGCUCGGUGGAUAUACAAUUGCAUUCGGUUGAAGAAGAAGUUUUUCAAACGGAAUGGUGGUCUAUUAUUGCAGCAGCAAUUAUCCUCAAGUGAUGGUAGUGUUCAAAAGACAAAAAUAUUCAGUUCAAAUGAGUUGGAAAAGGCAACCGAUUAUUUUAAUGAGAGCAGAAUACUUGGUCAUGGCGGCCAAGGCACCGUUUACAAGGGAAUGUUAGCUGAUGGGACUAUCGUUGCAGUUAAGAAGUCUAAGAUAAUGGAUGAAGAUAAACUAGAAGAAUUCAUCAACGAGGUUGUCAUUCUUUCACAAAUCAGUCACAGAAAUGUGGUUAGGCUACUUGGAUGUUGCCUGGAGACUGAUGUUCCUCUGCUAGUCUAUGAAUUCAUUCCCAAUGGAACUCUUUUCCAAUAUCUCCAUGAGCAAAACGAGGACUUUACGUUAUCAUGGGAGCUGCGGUUACGAAUUGCCUCGGAAGCUGCAGGUGCGAUAUCCUAUCUUCACUCGACGGCAUCUAUCCCGAUUUAUCACCGAGACAUUAAGUCCACAAACAUACUCUUAGAUGAGAAAUAUACAGCAAAAGUUUCGGAUUUCGGAACUUCAAGAUCAGUUUCCAUUGAUCAAACUCAUCUGACCACCAAGGUCCAAGGUACUUUUGGUUACUUAGAUCCAGAGUAUUUUCGAACCAGUCAAUUAACAGAAAAGAGUGAUGUUUAUAGUUUUGGAGUAGUUCUCGUCGAGCUCUUAAGUGGGAAAAAACCUAUUUUCUUAACCCAUUCACUGGAAACCAUGAGCUUAGCCGAACAUUUCAUUGAAUUGAUGGAAGAUAGUAGACUCUUUGAUAUCAUUGAUGCUCAAGUUAAGGGGGAUUGCAGUGAAGAGGAAGCCAUAGCUAUAGCGAAUCUUGCAAAGAGAUGUUUGAAUUUGAAUGGAAGAAACCGACCAACAAUGAGAGAAGUUGCAAUGGAAUUGGAGGGGAUUCUAUUAUCACGUAACGGUAUCAAUAUUCAACAAAUUGAAGCGGAUAAUUCAUCGAGGUCGAUUUCCUGCAGCAGUUUUGAGAUUAGUAUAGAUCUACCAUUAGAUUGCAAACCUUCGACUUCUUCUGAAACGUGGUGAGGGAUUAAGAAAAUAUAUCACAAAUCAUAUGUUUCUUUCUUGUUUUUAAGACUGUUAGGAGCGUUUCUGAUUUAAUAAAAACUUAUAUUUGUAUUGUGGUCUGUGUUUUAGCACAUGUUCUUAGUCUUUCAUGUUAAGAACUUAAUAAAUUAAAAAUACUUCGCGUUGA